AUGUCUGACCUUGGAUAACCGAUACAAAUGAAGUUUAUUCAUUUUAUAGCUUUUAGAGUCAGCUAUCAUCGGUUUGCCAUCGAUAGACCUUUCAAGCCUCCCGGUCGGAAUUUGACAAAGGCUCUAGAGAAACGCCAUCUAGAACUCAUAGCACGAAGAUUCAAGGCGUUGGACUGGAAUCGUCAGGAGAAAAACACUUAUGGGAAGAUCACACAUUUUUUUGAGGUGAUAAAAUAUGUAUUACAAGAUCCGGCUGUCCUAGCCGAAAAUGUGUAUAACAUGGACGAGACUGAAGUGAUGCUAUCCAUGCCAGGCUCUGUCAAAGUCCUCGUAAGUAAGCAUGAUAUGCAAGAUUAUAAAGGUGCGUGAGUCAAGCGUAUCACUGUGACUGCGAUCGAACACAUUAGUGAUGGUAGAUAUUUAAACCCCAUGAUUAUUUGGCCAGCGAAUUCCCAUCGAAGCAACUGGACCACGUUCCCUACCCCUAAAUGGCAAUAUGCGUGCUCUGACUCUGAGUUCUGUUUCGAGAAUAAUAUUCUUUUAUGUCGUCUCCCCUCUCAA